AUGAUCGAGCCAUCAUGUUCCGCUUCUCCGGCUCAGUCAUUAGACACUUUGAUAAAUGCGCUCUGCAGCAUACAUGCUAAAAGAGCGGAUGCAAUUGACAAUCGCUUUGCAGCCUCCGAUGACCAAUACAUUCUAGACGAAGCCGUGCAUCUUGAACAAGCCUUCCUGCAAUGGGAGCAGGCCCAAGGGACGCGAUUCAGGCCAAGUACGAUUGGAACCAUCAACAGGAGAACUUGUGAUAAGGAGCAUACCCCUGGUUUCUAUCCAGGAAAUGUGGACAUAUAUUUUGAUCUUUAUGUGGCCUGCAUUUGGAAUAUCUACCGUGCUGCCCGGCUGUACCUCAUCACGCUGAUAGCCGAGCUCCGUUCUACAUAUAGCACCCCGGAACCCUUGGAUCCACCAGAAAAUGGAUACCAGUUCCUGGUCAGCGGCAUUCUGUCUUCUGUUCCCUAUCAUCUGACCGAAGACCUACAUGAUUUUGUACAACAUGCGGACAUGCAGAGUUCGAUUACAACGCCCGGGAAGAUAGUGGGCGGCCUGCUCCUGAUGCAACCAUUACACGUUGUUUCGACUUUACCCGUCGUGGAUAGUGCGAUCAGAGAUUAUAUGAGAAGGUGUCUCAUGUGGAUCGGGACCAACAUGGGAAUCGGCCAAGCAUGUCUCAUGGCAAAGGUAUUUGAAAUUCCCAUUGCGACACGACCCCCCCAGCGCAUGAGAGACGGUUACACUAACAGUCGAUAG